CAGGAGAUGCAAGGACCUUUCUAGUUGGCAACAAGGCUGAAGGCAAGCUCACAUGUUCGCCACUUCAGUUCAACAGCCUCCUCAACCAUUCGUGAGUGCAGAUGAAGUGCAUAGGGCGUUCGAGCAAGGAUCGUACUUCGACGACGAAGUUGAUAGUCAAGUGGAGUCGAUCACAAAUCUGGAGAACACAGAGGGUGAUUUCAGACGCGAAGCUGCUCUUGUCACGGACUACCGCACUGAACUGCCAGAAGAAGAAAGCGAAGGCUACGACUAUCACAUGGAGAAGAGGUACAUCCGUGAAAACAUCGAGUUGCAGGGCUCGCAUGUCUUCAUGUGGGGUGACGGCGAGAAUGGAAAGCUUGGAAAUCAGUCUGAGGAAAUACAACACGUGCCGUACAUCGUUCCAGCAUUCCGAAACGUGUUGGUCAAAGUUUGUGCUCUUGGAAAGCAACAUACGCUGUUCCUGAGUGCCGAUGGAGUUGUCCUAUCAUGCGGCUCGAAUGUGUAUGGGCAAUUGGGCAUGGGUGAUCACAUGCUUUCAAGAUCAACACCAGUAAGCGAACCAUCCAAGCAGAAAAGCCUUGACAAGUUGCAGGCUAUUAUACAAUCUCUAAACAACAUUGUCGGGAUUGCCGCUGGAUAUUAUCACUCCCUUGCACUCAAUGACACUGGGAAAAUUUUCUCUUGGGGAAGUGGAUCUUGGGGCAAGCUAGGCAUCGGGUCUGAUGCCAACGCUGAAAGUCCUCGCUUUGUGGCAUCUCUUCAAAACUCAAAAGUCGUACACAUCGCUUGCGGAGCUCAUCACACUGCAGCAAUCACUACUGUGGGUGAUGUCUGGACAUGGGGAAAGGGCUUGCGUGGUCAACUAGGUCACAAGAGCGUCAAAGAAGAAUUCAGCCCAAGGCUGAAUGCAAGUCUGAGAAAAUGUGGAGCUCAAAAAAUCAGGUGUGGUGAUGAUCACACCCUGGUGAUAUUGCGAUCGGGACAACUGUAUUCUAUGGGAGCAAAUACCCAUGGACAACUCGGCCUAGGUGACGCAACAGACAGAAUCAUCCCGACUUUGGUCACCGGAUUUGCGAAUGAAAAGGUGAUCGACAUCGAUGCGAAAGGAUGUCGAUCCAUAGCAUUGACAAACACCGGGAAAGUCUUUGCCUUCGGAAAUGAGACUGAACCUCACUUGAACAGAAUACCAAGGUUUGUUGCGGGACUGCCGAAAUCGGAUCUCAUCAUUGCAGUUGCAAGGACUGCUCACUUUGAUUUCGCUAUUUCUGACACCGGACAAUUGUUUCGCUGGCGACCUUUUAGCUCGGAAGAAGAAAGCAGUAGAAUGCUGGAGUCCUUCCAUGCCAUCAAGGGUGUCGUGCGAAUGUUCUGCGGUCACAACCACAUGGCAGUGAUCUGCUCGCCCGAAAUGGGAUGUACCCAGGCCAUGAUUUCGCGCAACAAAUCUACAAGCUUUUCUUCGGAUAUUUCAAGAGCAAGUCUUGAGAAAUUUCCUUCGGAGAAAAUUCUCCCUGCUCUUGGAACAAAUACUGAGUAUCUUGAUGAAUUCGCAACUGUACAGGUGCGUGAUUCUCCGAGCCGAGAAGGGGAUGGAUACAUCUACACCUAUGGAAAAGGUGUCUUCGGCAGACUAGGCCAUGGUGUUGAGUACACACGAUCUGAGGAAAGCGUGAAGCAUCCUAAGAGAAUAGAGACUUUAGCGAAGAUGUCGGUUGUGUUCAUCGCGUGCGGUAAAGACUCAACAGCAGCCCUGACAGACACCGGCAAAGUUUACACCUGGGGGAAAUCAGCCCAAGGGAAACUUGGAUUGGGGAGUGGCAAGCCUCUGGCUAUCGUUGUGCCACAACUCGUUCAGGAUCUGAGCUCCCAUGUUGUGUGUCAAAUCAGCCUUGGGAGAAAUCAUGCUGCAUGCUCUACUGACAUGCACAAGUUCUUUGUGUGGGGAAGCAACACCUUCGGUCAACUGGGAAUACCUCACAUAUCCAGCUACAUGCCGGACCCAUAUGAAAUCACAUCCUUGCGAGAGGCAAACAUCAGGAGCAUAGCUUGCGGAGGCUGGCAUACGUUGAUAUCCACCAACACAGGGAGUGUGAUGUCGUGCGGGAAAGGAUGGCACGGCCAACUAGGACACGGGGAUUAUGAAUCGCUGACGGCACUCUCCAAGACCCUGCCUUACUUCAAGAAGAUUGUGGAGGGGUUCGGAGACUCUUUCAUCGUCAAAGUGAGUGCUGGGAAAGAGUCGUCAGCGGCCAUUACAAACAAAGGAAGGCUCUUCACGUGGGGCAAAGGAGACGAGUACCAGCUUGGUCACGAGAGUUCCAAGAACGAAGCAUAUCCCAGAGAGGUUGAGUUCUUCGCAAAGAUUAGAGUAGUCGACGUGUCGAUCGGUGAUUCACACAUGCUGGCGUUAGAUUAUUCAGGUCUGCCAUAUUCCUGGGGAAACGGCAGUGCUGGUCAACUAGGUCACGGAGAAAUGUGUGAAAGGGAGACCUUGCCGAGGCCGAUCAUGCUCUGUAGACGUGGAUUGCGAGACGGCAUUGAAGAGAGAUUCUUUGAUAUACAAUGGGGGUCGUUUUACAUGCAGAAAGAAACUCUACCCGGAGAAGACGAAGAAGUUGAAGUCAUGCGUGAAGAAAGGGGAAAGGUCUGUAUGAUCGAGGCGUAUGGAAAUUACAGCCUGUUUGUCCUCGAAAGGUUGGCAAACAAACAAGAGAUACUGUUGUACGAAGAUGCGGUCAAGAAGCAAGACCAUUCCUUGAAGAAGAUGACGAAAAUGACAAGAAUUCGCGAAUUAUUUGGAUGUGGCUCCGGGAGACAUGGAAUAUUGCAGAAUGUCGGGAAAGAAAAGGAAUGCUUGCCUAAACAUCUUCCGUUCACCGAUGACGGAGAUGAGCUUCAAGACAUCUUUGCGAUUUCAGGAGGGAAAGCUCAUGUUGGCAUGAUCGUUCGACAAGAUCCGCUUCGAAACGUGGAAUGGAGGAAUAUUACAGACAUGCAAACACAGAACAUCAAAGCACAAAUGCAGCAGAGAAAGAAUCAGGCUUCCUCUCAACUUUUGGACCUUUCUCAGCUGGACAUUGAAGAUAACAUAGAAGACUUGCAUGUUCAAGACUUCUUCGAGAAUGAAGUCGAGUACAAGCUCACAGAAGCUCUCAAGAGCUUGCCUUCGUUUGAGUAUGGGAAGUGGCUAUCUGCCCUUUUGGAGAAUGAUGUCGACCUUGAGACCUUGUCAACGCUGCAAACAGAUGAAAACCUGCGGCUGAUCGGAAUCACCGCCAUUGGAGCUCGGCGAAGGCUCCUGAAAGAGAUCAUGAAGAUGCCCAAGCAGUUUCCUCCCAUGUUCUAUUCGUACAAAGAUGAUCAACGAUUCUACUUCUCCUGGCCUCCAAGCAUCACGGGAGAGAUAGCAAAAGCCAAGAACGAUGAGAAGAAGGCACGAGCGGGCGGGCCGUUCAAGGAGUACUUCAAUCGGCUGAAUAUCGGGAGGAUCCUGCAGUGCCUCGUGAGGUACUCGGAGAAGAAACACUUCGAGCAGAUCAGAGACCGCGCAAACAAGAGGUAUGAGGUGGACCUGGAGGGUGAGUACCAUAUUUAUACCUGGGGAUGCGGAGUCAAUGGACGGCUGGGUCACGGUUUCCACACGGGAUACUCAACUCCGCAAGAAAUCACCAGCUUCCCCUCCAACACCAAGAUCGUUGAAGUGGCUUGCGGCUGUGAACACUCGCUCGCACGCUCCUUCGAUGGUGGCGUGUAUGCGUGGGGAGCAGGCGACAGGGGUCAACUCGGAUCGUUGGAGAACUUUGAUUGUGUCAAGAUCAACUAUGCGUUCAAUCCACAACCAGUGCUGAACCUCAAACGAUACUUCAUCCUCAGCAUCGCGUGUGGCAGGUGGCACAACAUGACCCUCACAAGUGAACGCCAGGUUCUCUCCUGGGGAGCCGGCGAGUUCGGUCAGCUAGGGCUCGAUCACAACCUCUCCAAAGGCACUCCACAGAUGGUGAAGGCCCUAGACGGCAGAGCUCCUUGCAAGAUCCUGUGCGGCGGGUGGCACUCAGCUGCGAUCCUCGAGUCAGGAAAGAUUCUGCUGUGGGGAAAGAACGUGUACGGGCAACUAGGACAUGGAGACACCAAGUCCUGCAGCGCUCCGAGAGUGAACCAAUACCUGAGGCUCGAGGGGAAGGUUCGCACCGCUGGCCUUGGAGCAAACCACACGCUCGUCGUCAUGGUCGCCAACAAAGUAUUUGCGAUGGGCUCGAACAUCGACGGGCAGUUGGGACUUGAUGACCCAUCAAGGACUGGCAAGAACGUGCCCGUGUCUAUCGAAGAGCUCAACGGGAAGAACAUCUGUCAAGUAGCAGCGGGGGAUCAGCACUCACUGGCUCUGAGCGUGUUCGGAGAAGUAUGGUCUUGGGGCGGCUCUCCUUUCGGUCAGCUGGGACAUGAAACCAUCACGGACAAGUUGGCCCCAACUCCUCUGCUCGAGCGACACAAAAUUCCUCCUGACGUGAAGUCGAUCGCUUGUGGUUACACUUUCUCGGCAGCAAUGAGUGCGAAGGGGGAGGUGUUCACGUGGGGGAAUGGUGAAUCGGGUGAGCUGGGACAUGCCCCGAAGGUUCUGACGUAUGCUCCAAGCCUCAUCAAAGACUUUUCCGAGGUUGUCCAGAUCGCGUGUGGGUUCAAGCAUAUGGCAGGCAUCGUGUUCAAGCCUCGCAUGAAGACCAUCGAACUGACAGGAUCCUCCAACAUCGGAGACAACUCGACGACCUUCUCGGGCUCGAUUGCUGCAGGGUCAGUCUCCGGCUCCACGAGGAGCCACACCACCGGCCACCAUACCACGAGAACCUCCGCCUUCUCCGCCAGCAACCAGAAGAGACAUGGCUGCGUGUUCGUGUGGGGAGAGGACACGUGCGGUCAGCUUGGCAUCCGAGGGCUGCAGGCGGCUCGAUCGCCUUCGUUGAUGCAGAGCCUGCUCGCCACGAGCAUCGUACAUAUCUCAGCCAACUCAGACAUGUCUGCCUUUGUCACAGACUCCGGUUCCUUGUAUGUCUCUGGAGGGAGCGAGCAUGGCAGGCUUGGCCUGGGUCACAUGGCUCCAGCGCCCACCCCGGUGGAGAUACGAAGCCUGAACACUGUGAAGAUCAUGAAAGUCGCCUGUGGGACUUACCACUGUUUAGCGCUGACCGAGGAAAAACGAGUUUAUGCCUGGGGCGAUGGCAAGUGGGGAAACGCUGGAGUGUCAAACACCAACGACGUCCUUGAGCCCCAAGAACUGUCGAGCUUGGCAGCAUGCAGCAUCAUCGGCGUACACGCCGGUGGCUUCCAUAGCGCAGCCCUGUCGCAGUACGGAGAUUUGUUCAUGUGGGGCAAGAAUUCCAACGGCCAGCUGGGCCUUGGAACUACUUCAGCAGCGGAGGACAGUCCGACCAAGAUCUCGAACUUGGACGGGGUAGUGAUGGACGUCUCGCUGGGGGCGAACCAUUCUGCUGUCCUCAUGCAGGUCACCUCCCCGAACCUCUUCACUUGCGGGCUGAACGCAAACGGUCAACUUGGUCUGGGAGAUUUCGUUGACAGGUCAACCCUGACGGCUGUGGAUGCUCUCGAUGAUCGGCAGAUCGUGUCGGCGUCCUGUGGAGCAGCGCAUACAGCAGCAGUGAGUCAGUAUGGGGACCUCAUUACUUGGGGGAAUGGACGCAACGGUCAGCUCGGCCUCAAGGCGGGUCUGAGCAAAGACAUAGAGAACCCCGUCCAGCUCCCAGCCAUCUGCAACGAUCCGAUGGUGAAAGUGGUGUGCGGGCAAGAGGUGACGAUAGUUGUGUCGGAGAAAGGCGAGCUGUACAUGGCUGGGUACGAGAGCACCAUAGGGCUCGGAGGGAACUCCUCGAGGAGGCGAGAGUUUGAUGUGAGCUUCAGAGAAGUGGAAGGGCUCAUCCAGCCGACCCAGAUCGCUGUAGGAUCUGUUCACGUGCUAGCAUUGGUUGGCAUCAGCAUGGAAGCAGCUUAA